AUGUGCGAUAGUGACGGAGGAUUCUUAGUCGCUACCAAACGUAUUCUCUGGGGGAUCAGGAGGACUCGCGAGACUCGCCUGAGCUUGGUCACCGAUCACGCCGCAGUAUUUUACCACUCUAGCUCGCCGGAAGACGUGCUAUCAGAGACUUUCGAGAUGUCUGAUUCCGAUAUGGACAUUGAUGAUGACGAGGUCCAAGUACACGUGAAGAAUACAAUUGCAGGAGAUUCUAAAUUGCUCGGUAGACCAAUUGAAGCUUCCAAUUCCCAGAACGUUUUGAAGAAGCAUUCAGAUGAGCAAUCAAAGAUCACGAAGGAUUCAAGCAGCAGCUUCGAAAAAUCACAACUUUCUGGGAAGACUGUUAUGCUGGGAGAUGAAAGUAGGAGAUUUCCAGCUCCUUGUACAACGGCGACAAGCUUUCCGUCCGGGAACGAACCAGAGCAAAAACGAGCAGCUCAUCUUUGCAAGUUUUUCGCUAAAGGGUGGUGUAACAAAGGCAACUCUUGCAAGUUUAUUCAUGUGAAUAAUCUAGCUGGAACCAGUGUUAUCCCGUCUGUUGAAGAAAGAAGAACAUUGGAGAUCAAAGGAGGUGUAAGAGUUUCUCUGUUGAGAGAAAAUGGCGUGACCUCUUUGCAAACAAGAGAUAAUAUACAUUUGGUGAAUCCCCCAGCUUUUCAAAGAGUUUUCCUUCCCAUGAACGUGGCAAGAGAGUCUCUGAGGCAAAACUGUGGUGGUGAUAUCACUGAGAGCAGGUCUUUGUUUGUUAAUAACAGCAAUCCCUUCGCACCGAGAAGUAGCUUUGCUCACGAACCUAGACCUUCUUCUAUCACUUCUGCACCAGCCUGGACAGGAUCAGGGUUCACUUCUGCUCCUAUGAACGAGUAUGCUUCUAACUUGGGGCAUUUUGAGAACCGGACUAAUAUCUACGGGUCUGUAUCACGUGCAACGCUGCAAGCGAUACCUGUUUCUUCCGAUCAAGACGCAGAAGGCAACACUACUAGCAGUAAGAAGAAAGUUUCUGCACCAGCCUGGACAGGAUCGGUGUUCACUUCUGCUCCUUUGAAUGAGUAUGCUUCUAACUUGGGGCAUUUUGAAAACAGGACUAGUAUCUAUGGAUCUGGAUCACUUGCAACACUGCAAGCGACACCUGCUUCUUCCGGUGAAGAUGCAGCAGAAGGCAACAACACUACUAGCAGUCAGAAGAAGGUUUCUUCAAAUGAUUGGGAAGCUUCUGAGCCUUUUAAACCAUCUUUCACAAUCCCACCUUAUAUACUUCCCUCGUCUGAUGCACUAUACGAGGAUAUAGAGAGUCCAGAAGACAGAUCUCUUAAUGCUCCAUUGUCAAGUAAAGGGAAACAUGCACGGAAAGCUUCCCGCCUGCAGAAAGAUGGCGAUUCCUCUAGUGGUCCUCAAGCACGAGGUAGCAAUAAUGAUGAUAAAAACAGUUCAUGCAGUCAGAAUCAACAUCAAGAAACCGGGGCGAGGAAGAAGUUGGAUGCGUACGGAGUAGUGGAAGGCGUGGCUACUUCAGUGGUUGAUCAGAAUGAUGCAACAACACCAAGCAAAGAGAUUUCUUCUUCGGCGGCUGCAGAGACCAGAGUUGUUUUGAAAAGAAGCAAACCUGCAGGGCAUGAAUCUUGGCGUAGAAGUGAUGGAUCUUCACAUCAAAAGAUGAUGCCGAAAUCAGAUGAGGUAGAUGGUGAAGUGAGGUCAGAUGCAGGAACGAAAGUGAUGAGACAAUUCCGGACCGCAGUUGUGGAAACCAUUAAAGAAAUGUUGAAACCGUUGUGGCGUGAAGGUCGUCUCACUAAAGAUGUGCAUAACAUGAUAGUGAAGAGAGCUGCUGAGAAGAUAGUCAGCGCCGCUGUCCAGUUCCAUCAGGUGCCGACUGACACCGUAUCAGUUGAGCAAUAUCUAAGCAUGUCUUCACCAAAAAUUGUGAAGCUUGUCGAGGGUUACGUCGACAGGUAUGGUAAAUCCUGA